AUCAUACAAUUCUUAUUAUAUUCUUCCACAUUAAUUUCAAGAUUUAUUUUCAUUCAAAUAAACCACCCAUUAGCUAUAGGAUUAAUACUUUUAAUUCAAACACUACAAAUUUGUUUAUUAACAGGACUAAUAGCAAAAAGAUUCUGAUUCUCCUAUAUUUUAUUUUUAAUUUUUCUAGGAGGAAUAUUAGUAUUAUUCAUCUAUGUAACUUCAUUAGCUUCAAAUGAAAUAUUUUCUUUAUCCAUAAAAUUAACAACUCUUUGUAUUACUAUUAUAACAAGUCUUACAUUUAUUUCUCUAUUUAUUGAUAAACUAUCUACACUUCCUUUUAUUCAAAACUUAGAAAUAAAUACCUACUUUAAUCCUAACUUAUUUACACAUGAAAAUUCAUUAAAUCUACAUAAAUUAUAUAACUUCCCAACAAACCUAAUAACAAUUUUAUUAAUAAAUUAUUUAUUAAUUACACUAAUUGCAGUAGUAAAAAUUACUAAAUUAUUCUACGGACCUCUCCGGCCUAUAAACUAA